AGAGUUUGAAAACGGUCAGUUGACCACUGGAACAGUUGUAACCGAAAGACAGUGAACGCAAAGGAGACUUUUAGCUAUGAUCAUAACAUGAGUUGAUUUAGAAAAUUGUUUGAAUUAUUUAUUAUACGGUUAUUGAUAUUUUCGAGGACUGUUCAAAUUAUUUGUGAAGGGUGAGGUAAAGUUAGUGGAAAAUAUGCAGACAUGGAUUGAAGCCAUCAUUGAAUGGGUGAACUGUCUGGGAGUUCACCCCUCCCCAGUAAAAGAUGUUCGAGACUUGGAAAACAAGAGUAUCUACCUGAAAAUAAUAGGUCAGCUGGCUGGUGAAACGUCUGAAUCUCCGACACAAAUUUCCGAAUUUCUCUCAAAAGAGUACCCUGAGUUCCUCCCACAACAUUCAUCUAACGACAUCAUACCAAAAGAUGUUUACAUCGCUUCCUUGCUGCUCCUAACAAGCUCUCAGAAGAUCUCGUUUCACCGCCCCAUGUGUAAUCUUCGCAAUGACACUCAGAUCCUAAUAAAAAGAUUCCUAGAAGUCCUCCUGCCUUAUGGGAAGAGUAUAACACAAGGUAUCCUGACGAGUACUAUAUCAGAACUGAUCGAUGCCACUCCAAGAACUCCGCCGAUUACUCCUAAGGAUCGUCCUCUUAGAAACUUUUUCACAUCUCCAGCCGCACAGUCCGCUCAUCGACACAGAAUUCUCAAUGAAAAGACGCGAGAGCUUCGGUUAUUAAAAGCUGAACUUGAGACUGAGAGGUACGAGAAAAUGGAUUUGCAAGAAGACAUCAGAAUCAGGGAGGAAAAAAUCCAAACGCUCCAGAAAAAACUUAACGAGAAGGAUCUGGAGUUAAAGGCUUUCAAAGCAGAUAAAUGCAGACCUCAUACUCCUCAAACCGGACGGAAAAAUAAGGCAUUAGAGGAUAUGGAACAUAUGUUGAAGAAAGAGAUUCAGCACUUGGAGAGCUUUAAUUCUCAUUUGCAGGAUCAGUUAGAUAGCGCGGAAAGUGAUAAAGAGGAGUUGAUGAGGAAAUUGACGUCCAAGGAACGUCUAAGUCAGGUAUUGAAGGAAAAGACCGAAACAUAUGAGAGGGAAUUAGAAGCACUGAGUAUCCAGCUAGAUCAGAAGUCCUCUGAGCUCUUACAACUCCGCCUUCAAAACGAAGAAUUAAGAUCCCAUAUCAAGGACAUGCAGAGAUGUUCCUUGGAUGCUGACCAAAGUUUUGAAGUUGAUUCAGUAUCAAUUUCCCGUUCACCCAUCCCAGGACUGAACACCAGUGAGGCACUUAGUUCGAUCGUGGAUAUUCAGUUGCAGGAGGCUAAAGAAGAGUCCUCCAAGUUGAAAGCCGAAUUGACAAGUAUGCAUCUCCGCCUGGACGAGGCUCACCAAUCCUGCAAUGAGUUAAACCGAGUCAAUAGAGAACUGGCUAUAAAAACUGAUGAGUUGAUUAUCGUUAAAGAAAAAUUGCAACAAACUAAUGAAGAAUUACUUAUUAUGGAAGAUAAAAUUAGGACCCUCGAGGAGGAGAAAAUGCAUUUCGAGCGAGAAGUGGAGAAUCUGCAACAAGUCCUGGCAUCGAAGGAAAUAAUCUUGAAGGAAACAACUGACAAUUGCAAAUCAUUAAACACGAAGAUCGAGGAACAACUUGAAAUAAUAAACGAAACAACUGAAAAUAUCCGAAUAUUAAAUUUAUCAUUAACCAGCCACCAGGAGGAUAUGUCACGAAUAAACUCUGAAAAAAAUGUUCUCCAAAAUGAUUUUGAUAAUUCGAAGCAUAAAAUUAAUGAGCUGGAGACGUUUCUAGCUGCAGAAAUGUCAAAAUCAUCAAACAUCGUUAAACAAGCUCGAGAAAAUGAGCAAAUCCUUGAAGAGAAAAUAAUUGAAAUCAAAUUAGAAAAAGAAAAACUGGAGAAGAAUGUUGAAAAGAUGACAGUUGCUCUGGAUGAAUCUGCGGAAAAUCUGCAUGAUAAGCAGCAGAAGAUAAAUUCUUUAAGUAGUUUGGUAGACAGUCUUCAGAACCAUCAGAGCAUCCAGGAGAUAACCCUGAACAAUCUACAGAUGAAGCUGUGUGAAUUAAACGAGUUAAGAGACGAAUUGCAGAGUCAAGUGGACGAGGAACGCCGGAAUUGUCUCAGAGUAUCAUUGGAACAGGAGAGCUUGCAACAGGAUUUGAUGGCCUGUGACAAGGAGAAAAUGAAACUAAUCGAUCAAUCAACCGGGCUAAAGGCAGACCUGGAGGAGAUGACGAGGAGAGCCGAGGAGCUCGAUAAGCAGAGAAAAAUAAAUGAGGAGAAAUAUCUCAAGACUUCGGAGAAGAUCCAGCUGCUGCAGACAGACAAUGAGAGGUUGAACUCCGAUAUAUUCUCCGCUACUGCUGAAAUGUCGAGGCUGAAAGAACUUCAGGAGAACCUCGAGAACCAGCUGACCCAAGAGCAGGAGAAUUCCAUGAAACUGAUCACUGAAAAGGCGAGGAUCGAGCGCGAGUUAUCGAACAAGGCGCUUAUGAACUGUGAUUUGUCUGAAAGAGUUGGAGAGCUUGAUGUACAGUUGAGCAAGACUCUUCAAGAGCUGCAAGACUUAGAGAAUGUUCAUGGAGAUCUCACUGGGAAUUAUCAAAGGAGUGUGGAAAACGUGCAGAGACUCGAAGCUGAUGUUUUCAAGACCAGUGACGAUAUUAGGAGGUACAGUCAACAGAUGUCUGAGAUGAAGUCUGUGAUUUGUCGUUUGGAAGGACAAUUGGAAGCAGAGAGAUGUAGUGUGAAGAGUCUACUGCAUGAUAAAUCGGAAUUGGAAAGUGAAUUGUCUUCGUCUGAAGGGGAGAAGAGGGAGGUGAUGGAGAAGUUAGUCGGAUUGGAGGUGAAUUUAAAAAAUUCAUGGAGGAAAAUCGAAAUCAUUCAAGGAGAAUCAGAAAAAUUGAAGACUUUGGUUGGCAUAAAAGAGGGAGAAAUUGAGUGCCAGCUGGAUGAGAUCAAUGUGUUAAAGGGCGAUUUGGAGGCAGUCAUGACCGGGCGAAGUGCCUCAGAGAUGAGGCUGAAAGAGAGUGAGAGGAGAUACUCCGAAGCUGUUGAUAGAAUCAAUUCUAUGGCUUCGCAAAUCGAGCAAUUGAAUUCUGAAUUGACUCGUGGUGUAUUAGAACGAGAGGCUCUCCAAGACGACCGGAAUCGUAUCGCCGAAGAAAUGUCAUCACGCAUUUCAGGAUUACAGAAGGUUCAGGACGCUUUGGAGAUUGAGUUGAAGACAAGUCGAAAUGAUAAUGAAGCUCUUUCAAAUGAUAAGUCAUUUUUGACUCAAGAAUUAUCAAUUUUGAAGGAAGAAAAGGGUCGCCUGAAGGAUGAUUUAAAAUCUAAUGACCUGAUACUGAGAGAACACAGGGAAAAAAUUACAGAACUCGAGAUUUACUCUGGAGAAUUGUGCCAGAAACGUGAGGAAUGCACCGAAAUAAUUAAUUCAAUGACUUCAGAUGUGAAAAAUUUAACGUCAGUACUGGAGCAGACUAUUUUAGAACGCGACGAAGUCCAGAAUAAUUUGACAGGUUUGAAGAAACAAGUGACAAUGCUGGAGGCUCAAUGGAGAUCGGAACUUGAUAAGAAUGGAGUUAUUUCCGGGGAAAAAUCAUUCCUGACAUCGGAAAUGAAUAUUUUGCAAGAAGAGAACAAGCAUUUGUUGGAAAAAGUGUAUGUCAAUGGAGAAAAAUUGACUAUACUCAACGACGAAAUUGAAGAACUGAAGAAUUAUUCUGAGCAAUUGCACCAGAAAUAUGAAAAAUCUACUAAAAAGAUUAUUUCCAUGACCUCUGAGAUGAAUAAUUUCAUUAUAAAACUAGAUGAAACUAGUAUAGAACGUGAUUUACUCCAGGAGAACUUGACAAUUCUUCAGAAGAACAUUGAACAAUUGAAUAAUCAAUUGGUGACUGGACGAGAGGUCAACGAAAUUUUAACAACUGAAAAAUCAGAUAUCAGUGUAAAAUUAUCGAGUUUAGAAAAAGAUAAAGUCGAUUUAGUGGAAAAGUUGGCUUGUCGUGAAUCAGAAUUAAUGGAACUUCAAGGACAAAAUAAAAAUCUUGAAGUUCAUUCAAAGGCACUGCAACAAAACCUGACCGAAGGUAUCGAGAAAAUCAAUUCACUGAAUUCUCAAGUGGAAAAUUUGAAUUUGCAACUACAGAAAAUGAUACCUGAUUUGACAAAUAGAAUGAGAGACUUGAGUGAUCAGUUGGAGAAAGAAAAAGAUAUGAUUCAGGUUCUUAUCAAGGAAAAAUCAGCUCUAACGCGUGAAUUAUCAAAGAUGAAGGAAGAAAACAAUAAUUUGUCACUUAAUUUGGAUUCCAAAAAAUCGCAAUUGAAGAAUUCUAACGAAAAUAAUGAAAAACUGAUGAGGUUGUCUGCUGACUUGCAAGAAAAAUGUGAGGAAUCUAAAGAUAAAAUCUCAUCGAUGACAUCCGAAAUUGGCAAAUUAUCGUUCAAGUUGGAAAAGACAAUUUCAGAAUGUGAUUUAAUGCAAAAUCAUUUGAAAAAUCAAUUGGAGACAGAAAAAGACUCCAUUAAAAGUGAAAAAUUGUCGUUGGUGGCGCAAUUAUCAGGGUUAAAAAAGGAAAAUGACGAUUUAGUCAAAAAUUUAAAUUCAAAACUUGAAGCUCUUCAGAACAAUUGUCACACUUUAGAGGAAAAAGAACGAGUGUCUUUUAAAAAAAACACUUCAUUGCACUCCGAAAUCGAUAAUUUGACUUUACAACUGCAAGCAGCCAUUUUAGAAAGCAAUGCUUGUCAAUUGAGUUUAAAUGAUUGUCGUAAUGAAUUGAAAGAUUCAGAAGCUCAGCUGGAAGUAGAACGAAUCCGCAAUCAAUGUCUUUCAACGGAAAAAUGUUUUCUAAAAACAGAAAAUGAGAAUCUUCUCGGUGAUGUAAUGUCUGCAAAAGAAAAACUACUUGAAUCGAAAAAGAAAAUUGAAGACCUUCAAUGUAUUUCUGAAACCCUACAGCAAAGCAUUACAGAAUCUUCUGGAAAGAUUACCUCCCAGAGGUCUGAAAUCGAUACAUUGACGUUGCACUUAACGGAAACCACUUCUGCACAUAAUGCAGCACGAGAUAAUCUCGCAGAUGUCGUGAAACGCCUAGAAAUGACUGAAACAGAAUCAAAAAAAGGCAAGGAGGAACACGAGGAAUUAACAGCAACCAUUAACCGCUUGGAGGAGCUCGUAAGGUCCUUGGAGGGACGCCUUCUAAACCUCAAAACCACCCACGACAAACUGAAAAUCAAUCACAAGCUGAAGGAAGAGGCUUUUGAAGUUCUGAAAUUGAAAUUGGAAGUCUCGAUAAGAGAAAAAAUCGAGUCAGAUCUAAAGCUGAAAGAAGUCAUUUUGAGUCUCCAGGAAAUUCGUACGAGUCAGGACGGAGUGAUGGAGGCCCAAUCGAAGGCGUUAGCCCAGAAGAAUCUGGAGCUUGAAGCUCUUGAACAACAACAGCUGAAGUGCAAACAAACUCUCGAGGAAAAAAUCAAUCUCCACAACGUAAGAAACACUGAAUUAACAAAAGAACUUGAGGAACUUCAUCAGUCACAGGAGUGUUCUUCAAGGGAAAUGCAACGACUCCAGGAUUAUCUGAAGAUAGAGAGAAAUGAAUUGACAUGCCUGAAGGAAGAACUCCGACAGUGCAAAGAUGAAAAAUCUAAAAUUCUCGAAAUAAUAAAAUUGUUGACUUCGAAAUUGUCGACAUUAAAUAGUAUUAUUACAAGUGAUGGCACAAUUGUUCUUCAAGGGGAUGAAAUCGGGGACAUUGUUCACUCCUUUGAAUAUCCUGAUCUUCAGGAACUGUUGGAAACCCUGAAACCUCUUGUGAACUCGAUGAAAUCUAGUGCAGAAACGAUUUUAACACUUAAUGUGGAGAAUAAAAAAUUAAUAGGAAAUCUUGAAGAGGAGAAAUUAAAAUCAGCGUUUCUUGUCAAGGAGAAAGAGAAGAAUGUGAAGUUAAUUGACGCGAUAUCUCAAUUGGAAUCCUCCCAGAAACGUCAACAGGAAGCCGUUUUAUCCAUUAUUUCCAGAAAACAAUGUUUUCACGGGCUUGUAGAUGAAGUGAUCGCCUCACGGGAUGAAGUGGAAAUGACUUUAUCCUCCCUUUGCAGCUCCUGGAGAAAAAUAUCCCUCGAAAAACAGUGUCUUCUCUCCGAGAGCUCUUCCGCCUGUGAUGAGGUGAAACAUCUUAAUGCUAAGAGAUUAGAAAUUGAGGGGAUGAUGGGGAAAAUUAGUGAACGUCAUAAUGCCAGCUUUCAACCGUUAAUGAGAGGAUUCUAUAGAGUUUUGUUGUGGUGUCAGCAUCAACUAGCCAAUAUUUCCUUGAAAACCGAUCUCCAAGGCAUAGAAAUGAAUUUAUCUCAUGAAAGUCUGAAGAUAGAGGAUCCUGAUGACAUAGAAAUUGAUUUAUCAUCUUCAGAAUCUAUCCUCCGGUCAGAACUCCAGAAGAACGGGGAGAUAAGAGACAGUUUGGCUCUCGUAGUUGAAAAAAUCCAGGAGUUAGAGGUCUCAAUAAACUCUUACGAGGUGAACUUGAAAUCAGGAAUGGUGAAACGAGAGCCAACUCCGGAAGAAAAACUACAAACCCAAUUGGAUCGGCUUAGCAGAGAGAAGAAGGAGAUGAAAGAAAAAUUGGACGCCAUCAGGGUUCGAAACACCAAGAUGGAGAAGAAUAUCGAUGAUCUGAGGUGUGAAAACAAGAAGUUGAAAGCAGAGAUAUUGUCAGCUUCAGUAUCGGUAGCUUCAACCACUUCAGAUCCAUCGGAGCUUGACCAACUCAUAACUCUGAAUGAAAAUUUGCGGAAAGAGAAUGAAGAGCUGAACAGAUUAAAGGAGGAGCUCGAGAAACGUCCAACGAACGAGGAAUUCGAUGUCAAACUCAAGCAAGUUCAUGAAGAGUAUGGACUAAAGCUGGAGAAAAUCAAGCAAAGGAUGAAGCUGGCGUACAACGAGCAGGCGACGAAGAUGCAGAUGGAGCAAGACAGGGUCAUCAGGGAUAAAACAGCUGAGAUGAAGGAGAAAAUGGAGGCUGUGAUGAGGGAAAGGAUGGAGGCACAGUGCAGAAAGUAUACAGUGGACAUUAAUAAGUACAAAGCCCACGUCAAGGAGCUGUCGUCUCAAUAUUGGGACGUGGGGGAGAAGCUCCUGGCUGAGCAGCAAGAAAAGGAAACAGCGCUUCAACGGCUCAAGGAGCUCCAAAGGAAACACCAGAUGGCGAUUGCUGAAGCCAGCCAUCAGUUAAUAGCUUCGCAGAGUCAAAUGAGAUCGACAAGUCUUGACAAGUGUUUCGAUCAUGAUAGAAGUCAACUGGGGAUGAGGUCUGGUUUUAGAACUGUCCAGGUGAUUGAGGAGCAGACGACAACGAGAAGACAUAGUGUUAAGAGCAUCCAAGCGAUGGGGAACGCCUUUAAGGCUGAGGACGAGGAUGAGGUAUUCGACAAUGUCUAUCUGACGGACCUCAAGGAGGGGCAGUUUAGGGCUAUCGAACCUCAGACUGACUUUGACAGGCUGUCUGAGCUGAGGAUGAGGAACUCGUUGUGCCGACCCCAUCUCAAGAGCUCCUAUGCUGUUGAAACACAUUUGCAUCCGGCUGCACUCACGGAGGAGGAUAUGAAGACUGGCCCUCAUGACGAUCUGUUCAAUGACAGUCUCAGCCAGAGUCUGUUACCGGGCCAAAAGGCAAAGAAAAAAGAUAGAACACAGACGUCCUAUAAACGCCCUGGACCUCCCACUCCGAGCAAAAAUGGUGGCAGACUAUCCCUCCAGGGAAAUGAGCUGAAAAGUCCCAGUUCGAGAAUUCUGAGAGAGAAAAAUGUGGACCGGAGAACAACGGCAACACCAAAGAGGCUGAAAGACUUCUUUGGAACGUCUCUGUCGAGACGUCACGAUGAGAAUGCUCCGGGUACUCCAAAAGGUCGCAGACUCAGUAACAUUUUUCGUAAGCCGAAAACAGAGAGAAGCUGAGGAGAUGAAUAUCCCUCAAAAUGAAUUUUGUAAAAUACAACACUAUGCUGAUACAUUGAUUUCAUAUAUGUUUUAUUCAAAAAAAAAAUAAUAAUGUUAUUCUCAAUAAUAUGUAAAGCAAUUAAAUACUACCAGUAGUAACAAAUAAUAAUUUUAGAUACA